GGAAUCGAAUGCAGCCCAACUUCGAGCCGAAUUUGAGGCCCUCGAGCAGGUCUACAAAACCUGCAGUUCCGACUCAUUAUUUUCUCUGCCCCCGCCCACUUGCGUACAGGGACGCACAAUAAUUUCGCGCCGCGGCAUACCGCUCUCCUCAAACAGGUCGCCCACGUCCCCUUCUGACGUCUGCCUCGUUCGCGUCCAGGCUUUAUCUACGGAGGGUCGCCGCCUGUAUUCGUUCACAGUUCUAACCCGCCGGUGUCCCUGCCGAGGGACCGAUGUUGUUUCGACUCUACUUUGGGAAAGAUUUUAUGAACACUAGACCAUCCCGGUUCAUCAACACUUCUUUCUCGACGUAACACGCUACGGCCAGCUUUCCAGUUCCGAAGAGGGCAUUGCCGAUGACCUUCCAUGCACAGAAACCGUCGCCGAAGCCAUGGGCAACAUGCUCGGGCACAUUCACAUUUGUGGAGGCUACGAUGCGCGACAUCGAGUUCGUACUCGGCGGGAAUGGGUUCUCUGGGUUUGCGUUCUAUGUCAUUGACUUUAAUCAGAUGCGGAAACGGACUGCUAUCGACGAGCUUGUCGAUGCGUACAUCACCAAUGAUCCGCAUUUUCCUCUAGCACGACGAGGUGGACAGGUAUACGAGGCUUUUAGGAGUGGCUAUCGUGCAGCCUACACUGUGCGGCUGGACAUUGCAGAUGAAUUUCUUUCUCAAAUCGAGGCUCUGCAAGAUGCUGGCGGUUGACAAGUACCUCCUUGCCAUACCUAAGUGUUAGGCGGAGAAAACAUUAACCGAGUUAUAGUUGUCAUUCGUUGGGGCUAA